AUGAUGAUCAUCAUUAUUUGGUUUUGCUUCUUGAUGAGACUCAUCGACAUCACCAAAGGUAGAUCUGAUAUUUUUCCUGUACAAUAUCUCUGCCUAACUACAAAUUCUUACUCUCCUAAAAGCACCUAUAAAGCCAACCUUGAUUCCCUUCUCUCUAAUCUUUAUUCCAAUUCCACCCGAGACGACAAUAAUGGUUUCUACCACACCACAGUCGCCGGCGGCAGCGCUUCCAACGACACCGUGCACGGCUUGUUCUUGUGCCGGGGCGACGUCUCCACCCACGACUGCGGCCGUUGCGUUGCAGAUGCCCGCAAAACCAUAUUGGAGUUUUGCGCCAAUGGAAAGACGGCUAUGGUUUGGUACGAUUUGUGCCUGUUGCGUUACUCGGAGAAUGCCAUGUUGGGGAUACUAGACCAAUCGUUCUGGUACAAAAUGAAAAACACGGAUAAUAAUACUCGAUCAAAUGAGUACAUGCAGAUGGUGGGGAACAUGUUGGAUCAGUUAAUCUCUCCGGCAUCUAGUGGCUCUGACAAGAAAUUUGCUGUUUCGCAAGCUAAUUUUAGCGGGUUUGAGAGGGUGUUCGCUCUUGGACAGUGUACCCCGGACCUAUCUAACGUUGACUGUCAGAUAUGCUUCAGAAAUGCUAUCAAUACACUGCCUGGUUGCUGUUUUGGAGCCUUAGGUGCUAGAGCUGUGUAUCCAAGCUGUUACGUUAGGUAUGAGCUCUACCCUUUCUACACUCUCUCCACCGUGGCAGCACCGGCACCGUCUCCUAUCCACCCUCCUCCUCCUCUUCCACCAACUAUGCUCCCCAAUUCCACUACGGAGGAGUCAGUACAAUAUGAUUUUAGUACUAUUCAGGCUAUCACAAAUUAUUUCUCUCCGGAUAAUAAGAUUGGUGAAGGCGGAUGUAGUUCUGUUUACAAGGGAAGGUUUCCCAAUGGACAAGAGGUAGCGGUGAAGAGAUUGUUGAGGAGUUCAACUCAAGGAGUUGUUGAAUUCAAGAACGAGAUUGCAUUGGUUGCCAAGCUUUUACAUAGAAAUUUAGUAAAAUUGUUAGGGUUUUGCUUGCAGGGAGAAGAAAAGAUACUUGUCUAUGAAUUUGUUCCUAACAAAAGUCUUGAUUAUUUUUUGUUUGAUCCAGAGAAGAAGCGUUUAUUGAAUUGGUCCACUCGUUUCAAGAUCAUAGUAGGAAUAGUCCGUGGACUCCUUUAUCUUCAUGAAGAUUCCCGUCUCAAAAUUAUACAUCGAGAUUUGAAAGCAAGCAAUGUGCUCUUGGACGAAGAUAUGAACUCAAAAAUAUCUGACUUUGGCUUGGCAAGAAUUUUUAUGGCAGAUCAAACUCAAGGAAAUACAAAUAAAGUUAUAGGAACAUAUGGCUACAUGUCUCCCGAGUAUGUUAAGCAUGGAUUGUUCUCUGUAAAGUCAGAUGUUUUCAGCUUCGGAGUUAUACUCUUGGAGAUUAUAACCGGAAAGAGAAACAGUUCUUUGUCCAUGAAAUCAACUGGAGCUAAAGAUCUUCUUAGCUAUGCUUGGAAACAUUGGAGGGAGGAAAGAGCACUAGACAUUAUUGUGGAUCAAAGUCUUAGAGGUUUGUAUUCGAGAGAUGAAGUGAUCCAAUGUAUUAAUGUUGGGUUGUUGUGUGUCCAAGAAGAUGUGGAUGAAAGGCCAACAAUGGCGAAUGUUGUGUUGAUGCUGAAUAGCUUUUCUGCUACAAGGAGAACACCUUCUAAUCCGCCUGCAUUUUUCAAUGGUGGAAUUGAGAGGAUUUCGGUUGGAGAAACAUUGAUUAUGAUCAAUUUUAUUGUAUUUUGCUGUGAUAUGAUGAUGGUGAUUUGGUUUUGCUUGUUGAUGACCCUCAUCACCAAAGGUACCUCUGAUCUUCUGCAAUUUAACUGCGUAAACAAAACUUCUUACACUCCUAACAGCACCUAUAAAACCAACCUUCAUUCUCUUCUCUCUGAUCUUUAUUCCAACGCCACUCGAGACAAUGGUUUCUACCACACCACAGUCGACACCGUGCACGGCAUGUUCUUGUGCCGGGGCGACGUCUCCACGGACGUUUGCGGCGACUGUGUUGGAUAUGCCCGUGAAAGGAUAUUAGACCUUUGCCCCAACGAAAAGACGGCUAUUAUUUGGUACGAUAAUUGCAUGUUGCGUUACUCGGAGAAGUCUAUGUUGGGGAUUGUAGACCAAUCUGUCUGGUUAGCAUGGAGAAACGAUGAUAACGGUACACGACCAAAUGCGUACAUGACGUUGGUGGGGAAUUUGUUGGAUCAGAUAGUCACUCGAGCUUCUAAUGGUUCCGGCAAGAAAUUUGCAGUGUUGGAAGCUAAUUUUAGGCCCUUUGAGAGGGUGUACGCUCUUGGACAGUGUACCCCGGACCUUUCUAACGUUGAUUGUCAGAUAUGUUUCAGAAAUGUUAUUGCAAUGCUGCCUCGUUGCUGUUAUGGAGCCGUGGGUGGUAGAGCUGUGUUCCCAAGCUGUAACGUUAGGUAUGAGCUCUACCCUUUCUACAAUCUCUCCGCCGUGGCACCACCGGCUCCGCCUCUGACCAAUCCUCCUCCUCCUUCUCUACCACCACCACCACCACCAAGUAUGCUUGCCAAUUCCGCUAGCAGCAAAGGGAAUAAAAGAAAAGUGAUUAUUGCAGCCUCUGUUGUGUCAAUCACUGGGAUAUUACUUUUUGUUUUAUGCUUCUGUUUCUUGAAAGUGAAAAGAGCAAAGAAAUCCCAUUCUAAUGUGAACGAGACUACUACUGGCAUGAGUGAAAUUGCAACAGAGGAGUCCGUAAAAUAUGAUUUUAGUAUUAUUGAAGCUAUCACGAAUUGCUUCUCCCGUAAUAAUAAGAUUGGUGAAGAUGGAUAUGGUGCUAUUUACAAGGCAAAGCAUCCCGACGGGUUAGAGGUAGCGGUAAAGAGGCUGUCAAGGAGUUCAACGAAAGGAGAUGUAGACUUCAAAAAUGAGAUUGCAUUGAUUACCAAGCUUCAUCAUAGAAAUUUAGUAAGACUGCUGGGUUUUUGCUUGCAAAGAGAAGAAAAGAUACUCAUCUAUGAAUUUAUUCCUAACAAAAGUCUUGACUACUUCUUAUUUGAUCCAGAAAAGAAGCAGCUAUUGAAUUGGCCCACUCGUUACAAGAUCAUAGGAGGAAUAGCUCGGGGGCUCCUUUAUCUUCAUGAAGAUUCGCGUUUCAAAAUCGUACAUCAUGACUUGAAAGCAAGCAACGUACUAUUAGACGGAGAUAUGAAUCCAAAAAUAUCCAAUUGUGGCCUGGCAAGCAUUUUUAUGGCAGAUCAAACCCAAAUAAAUACAAGUAAAGCUAUCAGAACACAUGGUUACGUGUCUUCUAAAUACGCUUUACAUGGCUUGCUCUCUAUGAAGUUUGACGUUUUCAGCUUUGGAGUUCUACUAUUGGAGAUUAUAACUGGAAAGAAAAACAGUUCUUUGUCUACGCAAUCAACUAAAGCUCAAGAUCUUCUUAGCUAUGCUUGGAAACAUUGGAGGGAGGGCAGAGCAUUAGACAUGGUGGAUCAAAGUCUUGGAGGUUUGUAUUCGAGAAAUGAAGUGAUCCAAUGUAUUCAUGUUGGGUUGUUGUGUGUCCAAGAAGAGGCUGAUGAUAGGCCAACAAUGGCAAGUGUUGUGUUGAUGCUAAAUAGUCAUUCUGCAAUAAGGAGGACACCUAAUCCACCUCUUAAAUGGUGCCCAAGUGUUUGAACACGAUUUAUUUAUUGUUUUACAUUUUUCUAUAAAUUAAAAAUGUAUUCUAGUUUGGGAUAUGAUCUAGCUAAUUUCCUAACAUAGUCAAACAAAAAUAAUAAUUAUUUCAAGGUUUGUUGUACACCCAAAUCAACACGUACUGAUGUCUUUGUCAAUGUCAAAGUCUUCCCAUGCACGAUGGGGCCUAA